CAGCUCUUGGGUGUAACACAAACUCUUCAGCGUAUUCUAUUUUUUACCCUGUCAUGGCUGCUGCAUGGCUGUUACAGAGGGUGAUGCCAAGGAGCCCAGUCACUGUUCCCCAAGUCUUCCUGAGGUGGUCGAGGAGCGCGUCCUCCACUCCGGGUUCCCUUGCAGCCUCGCAGGAGUCGGACAAGCCUCGGACCGUGAGGGAUCUCCCACAUGUCAGCCCCUUGGAGCUGCUCUAUAGAAUGGUGGUCCAGGGUUUCUACAGCCGCCUGCAUGAGCUCCAGCUGUAUGAAAAGCGACUUUACGGGCCCAUAUACAGAGAUGGACUAAAGACCGUGGCCCUGAACUCACCAAAACUGCUGGAGGAACUCCUGAGGAAUGAGGAGAAGUUUCCUCGGCGAGGAGACAUGUCUCUUUGGAAAGACUAUCGGGACAUGAAAGGAUUCGGCUACGGACCGUUCACAGAGGAGGGGGAGAGUUGGUACCAGCUGAGGACCUUGUUGAACAAGCGCAUGAUGCAUCCCAAAGACUCCGCUCUGUACGGCAGCAUAAUCAAUGCCGUGGUUGCGGACUUCAUCAAGAGGCUUUAUUACGUGCGCCGGUGCAGCCCGACAGGAGAUCUGGUGGGGAAUUUGGCCAAUGAGUUUUACUGUUUUUCACUAGAAGGUAUUUCCACCAUACUGUUUGAGACCCGACUCGGCGCUCUGGAGAAGGAGAUUCCAGCCGGUACCCAACAGUUCAUCAAUUCCAUCGCCAAGAUGUUCUCCAACAGCUUUGCCGUGGUGGUAACGCCCAAAUGGAGCCGGAAUCUACUGCCUUAUUGGGGACGCUACAUCGACGGAUGGGAGGGCAUCUUCAGCUUUGCCAAGCCGCUGAUCGACAAGAAGUUGGAGGACAUUCAGCAUCGCCUUGACAACAAUGAAGAUGUGGAGGGAGAGUAUUUAACGUACCUGCUGUCAAACACUGACAUGAGCACCAAAGACGUGUACGGGAGCAUCGCUGAGCUUCUUUUAGCUGGAGUAGACACGACCUCCAACACUCUCACAUGGACUGUUCACCUGCUGUCCAAGUACCCUCAAGUCCAGGAGAAGCUCCAUCGGGAAGUGUGCACGUUGAGCAAAGAAAACAGGAGCCCUUCUGCUGAGGAGGUGACCCGUAUGCCGUAUUUGAGGGCCGUCGUCAAGGAAGCACUGAGGAUGUAUCCAGUAGUGCCUCUGAACGCCAGGGUCAUUACGGAAAAGAGUGUUGCUGUCGGUGGUUAUCAGUUUCCCAAAAAUACCACUUUCACAUUUUGUCACUAUGCCAUCAGUCACGAUGAGGAAACAUUCCCAGAGCCGUUCACCUUCAAGCCCGAGAGAUGGCUCCGGGACGGCCGAGAGAGGCCGAACGCCUUCGGCUCCAUCCCAUUCGGUUUUGGAGUGCGAGGCUGUGUUGGUCGAAGAAUUGCUGAGCUGGAGAUGUAUUUGGUUUUAUUUCAGAUAAUCCGGCUGUUUGAAAUCAAACCAGACCCCGAAGUAGGAGAUGUGAAAUGUCUCAACCGCACUGUCCUUAUACCAGACAGACCACUAAGCAUAUAUUUGGUGGACAGACCAUGUGACAAUGAAACAUAAGUAGUCCACCUGCA